AUGGCGACGUCGGAGGCACACCGAGCACCGUCGACCACCCCCAGUUCUGGAGACUGGGACGAUGACAGUGCGUCCUCCUCUUCCGAACUGGUCCUCACUCGGGCCGGAAGCGAUACCAACCUCGUCCCCCGAUCGGCGAAAAGCGAGGAGACGGUGAUCAACCUGAAGAGCCUGUCCAACAGCGACCCGCGGCGCAAGGAAAUCCUGGCGCUCGCAUCCGAGUACAAGAAUGCGCAGCGCGCCUACAAGGAGCUGAAGAAGCGAGAGGGCGAGACGAGCAAGGAGGUCGACCGCAUACGCGACGAGCUGCGCGAGCGGACCAACAAACUGCAGGCGAAGGAGGAGAAGGAGCGGAGGAGCGGAAAGGAGUACAAGGGACGCAAGAAGAAGGGCCUCGACAAGGCGCGCCAAAGGUCGCGCGAGAUGCAGCGCAUGUACGAGGACAGCACGCUCAUGCUCAGGCGUCUGCAUGCCGAAGUCAAGGAGACAGCCGUGCGACUCAACGAAAAGGGCAACAUGCUCAGGGAAUUAUGGCAGAACCGGGGAAGACCCAAGGAGCUGCCCCCGGAUGGACCCGCUUCGACCCUGUCCACACCUUCGCCGGUGUAUUCGUUCGAGAGCAGCGCGAGCAGCGAUCAAGAGCUGGAGAGGGCGAGCCGCGAACACGACGAGGCCUAUGAGCGCGCUCGCGAGGAGGCCCGCAUCAACCGCAUCGAGAAGGCUCGCGCCCGGUUCCGGUCGGCCGUGAUCAAGGAAGACGACGCCCAUGCCGACACCCUGCACCGCGAAGCCGCCGCCGCCCCCUUUCUCUCGUCCCCGCAGCUCUCCGUUCCCGCCCAGAGCCCCCAGCCCGAGCCUGGACCCGAGACCGGCCGCGGGCGGUCCAGAUCGAUCCUCGACAUGCAGAAGCGGCUGGGCCUGGUCCCGGCCUCGCCGGCCGCCACGCCCGUCGCAGUCCCGCACAGCGGCGGCGCCGGUAGCGGAGACGGCGAUGACGAAGAGCGAAGGAAGAAGGAGGAGAUUCCUGGCGCGACUUCAGAAGGGCCACGCAUGCAGCGCGGGAUGGAGGAGCGCGAGCAGCGCGAGAAGCGCGAGACGGCGGUGGUGGCGCACCCGUCGCGUCUUUCCGGCGGCGAUGUGGAGAGCGGACCCCGGACGUCGGCGAUGCAGACGGCCGAGGGGCGGCUGACCUACCACCAGCGGCCCAUGCAGGCGGGCAAGAGGCGGCCGUCGGCCCUGAGCCGCCGGGAGCGCAGCCGAACCAACGAGCGAGCAGGCGACGGACUCGCAGAACCGCAGCAGCACCAGGCGGCGAUGGUCCACGAAACGCUGGUCGACGAGGCCCAUGAGGAGCAGAAGGAGGAGGCCGUUGAAGAGGAGCCGGCAGUGGUCAUAAUGAGUGAGGAGCAGGUCGAGCAGGAGGCCGAGAAGAUGCGCGCCGACCUCAAAGAGGAGAUGCGGCUUAAGAGGGAGCGGCGGCAGAGCCGAGAGCGCGACGCCAUCGCCGCUGUGGCCGCGGCCGCCGUUGGCCCUGCAUCUCCGAGACGUCACGCCGACGAGGCCGAAGAGAAGGAGAAGGCCAAGGAGGAGGAACGGCCGGCCAAGCCUCAGCGUACGACCGCGGCCGAGCAGAGGGCCGAGAAGAGGGCGCGUGCUCGUGCGGCGCGGGAGACUGAUCUGCGCGAGGAGAAGGAGAUGGCGCUGCGCGAGCUGCAGACGCUGAUCGAGGAGAACGACAAGCUGCUCCGCGAGAUGGAGCAGAAGGAGCGCGAGCGCGACAGGGAGAGACGGGCGGACAAGGAGGCGGAGGCCUUCCUUACGCGCAAGCUCGAGGCCGGGCGCCUGGAGGCGGCCGAGCUGAGGGCCACGAUCGGGACCCUCCAGAGCGAGCUCCACCACCUGCGCCAGCGGCUCGACGCCGAGAGCGACCAGUCCCGGAGCGUCGACGAGCAGCGCCUGCGCGAGCUUGUUGCGCUCCAGACCGACAAGGCCGCGCUCGAGGCUGAGCUUGCAGAUGUGCGCCGCACGCUCGACGCCACCCGAGCCGAGCUCGACGCCAUCCGGCAGCGCACCGAGGCCCGCGAACAAGAGCGCGAGCCCCAGAUAGAGCGGCUCGAGGCCCAGAUCGCCGACCUGCGGGCCGCGCAGGGCGAGGCGGAGAUGGCGAUGGCCGAGGAGCGCCAGGCCAAGGCCGAGCUCGAGCGGCUCCUGGAGGGCGCGCGCAUGGAGGCCGAAGAGAACAAGCGUCACGGGGAGAACGAGGUGCGCGAGCGCGAGGCGCGGCUCGAGCGGCGCGAGCUCGAGUUUGCCGAGGACAAGAUCCGCGAAAUGAAGGCCGUGCGCCAGGCCUACCUCGACGAGAAGCAGCAGUUCGAGGCCGAGCGCUCGCGCACCCUUGAGACCGUGGUGAGCGAGCAGGAGGACCUCUACGCCAAGGACAAGGAGAUCGAUGAGCUGCGCGAACAGCUGCGCCGGGAGCGAGAGGAGCGCGAGCGCGCCCGCGACGAGAAGGAGCGCCAGCUGGGCCUCGUCGGCCUCCAGCUGCAGAAGGCCAAAAAGACCAAGCACGAGCGCAAGCAGGAGCUGGCCCGGCUGACCGACCAGCUGGCCGGGCUUGCUGCCGAGCAAACGCAGUGGAUUGAAGCGCGCGCGCAGGUGGAGGAGGAGCUGGACCGGGAGCGCAAGGCGCGCGCCGGGCUCGAGACGCGGGUCAAGCAGCUCGAGGAGGAGAAGGUGGUGAGCGAUGAGGUAGUGAAGCGGGCGAGCCAGCGCAUGGAGAAGCAGAAGCGCGAGGCCGAGGAGCUGCUCGAGCGCGAACGUGACGAGAAGCGACGACUGAGCGAGGCCCUCGAGUUCGAGCGACAGCGCGCGGCCAAGCUCGAGCGCGAGCGGGAGGAGCGGGAGCAGCUGGAGGCCCAGCGGCAGAGGGAGCGGAUCGAGGGCGGCGAGCGGCAGAGCCAGGAGGAGGCGCGGCUGCGCGACGAGCUCGAGGCGGAGCGCCGUGGCCGCGAUACGCUGUUGGCCGAGCACGAGAAGGAGCUGGGCCGGUUCAAGGCCCUCGCGCAGGACCUGGACCGGGAGCGCGCCGAGCGCGAGCGGGCGCAGGCCGAGCUCGAUCGGGAACGCGAGGAGCGCGAGAAGCUGCAGAGCGAGAAGGCGAGCCUCGUGGCGCUGAUCGAGAUCGAGCGCCGGCGAGCCACCGACCAGAAGGCCGCCGACGAGGCGCUGCAGCGCGAGCGCGACCACGAGGCCCGCGAGCGGAGUGAGAUGGCCGAGCGGGCCAGGCGCGAGCGCGAGGCGCUGCAGAAGGAGCUCAGGGACCGUGACGAGGCCAUCACGCUCAAGAAGGAGAAGACGAAGCUGUUGCGCCAGAAGAUCCUGGUGCUGAUGGAGGAGAACCAGCGCAUCAAAGACGGGUCGCGGCGCGAUCGGGAGCGCGACAAGGUCGAGCGCGAGCGCAAGCGCGACGAGGAGUCGAAGCGGUCGCGCGAGGAGAAGGAGCGCGAGCGGGAGGAGCGGGAGCGGAUCAGGAAGGAGAAGGAGAAGGAGGUGCAGGAGAAGGAGCGCAUCCGGAAGGAGAAGCAGAUCGAGGUCGAGGAGAAGGAGAAGCUGCGACGCGAGAUGGAGCGCGAGCGGGCGGAGAAGGAGAAGCUGCAGCGCCGGAAGGAGCAGGAGCUGGACGAGCUCCGACGGGACCUGCAGGAGAAGGAGAUCAUCGAGAAGAACAUCUACUGUGCCGACGCCAAUGCCUACUGCGCUGGUGACGUGCCGCGAGCGGCGCUGGAUCUCCACACGUACCUGGUGCAAUACGACGGCACGCCGGCCCAGAAGGCCAGCUUCGUGCGCAAGGUCACCACCGCGAUUAGUACCUCGAUCCAGAGGGAAGCAGAAGACGCGGAGAUGCAGAGCUUCUGGCUGUCGUACGUUGCCACGCUGUCGCACAUGGCCCACGGGCAGGGCGACAUCGAAUCCAAGCCGGGCCUGCCGGGCCGCGAUGUGGCCAAGGACCUGCGCAACACGGUCGUCACCCGCAGCGUCAAGGACCGCGGCAUCGUCUCGCGGUUCUGGGUCGAGAGCGAGCGGCGCAACCUGAGCCGCGACGAAGUCAAGCGCGUACUGCUCGAGGCCCUCGAGAAGGAGAAGGCCAACGGCAACGGCAACGAGCUUGCGCCGCUCAUGCUGCUCGAGCUCGAGGUGGUGAUGCUCGACACCCUGGUCAACCUGCUCGACGCCGCCAUGGCCCUGCUCGCGCCCGUGCUGGUGCCGGCCAUCAUGGAGUACCGCCCGUUCCUGUCGCGCCGGAAGAGCAUGGUGCGCCGCGAGCGCGAGAAGGACAAGCGACGGCGGCCCACGCCUCAGCCCGACGGCGGUGACGAGGAGGGACCCAAGGUCUCGCCCGAGCAGGUGACCCACCAGCUCAAGGCCUUCCUCCAGAUAGUCCAAAAGAAGAAGCUGUACGCGAGCGUGGUGCAGGUGAUCUUCGAAGACUUGGCCCACGCGAUCAACGCUCACCUGUUCAACACGCUGGUCCAGCGCGGAGAGCUGUGCACAUCGGCCAUCGGCUUCCAGAUCAAGUUCGGCCUGUCGCCCCUGCGCGAGUGGCUCUUCGCCGCCAGCCUGGCCGACCCGGCCCGCGUGCGGGACUGUCUGGGGCACAUCGAGGAGGCGGCCAACGUGCUGGUGGUGGACAAGCGCCUGUUCACCAGCGAGAAGGACGUCAAGGACAUCUUCCAGCUGCUCAACCCCGUCCAGAUCCUCCACUUCCUCUCCGCCUUCCGUACUGACGAGGAGUCGGAGAUGGUCCCACAGGAGUCGCUGCAGGCGGUGCGGCAUACGAUCGCUCGAGCGAAUGAACGGACGGGCAUGCUGCGCCUCAAGCUCGACCCACACACCAGCCCACUCCCGCCGCCUUCUUCGUCCUCUUGA